AUGGAAUACUUGGAAACAAUUUAUAUAGUUUCUUUCUUUACAAAGAAUCACUACAAAAAUCGUCUAGCUUUGAUUUAAGGUUUUAUCGAUAUUAUUACUCGCUUUCCACUGGUUACCAGAGUUUUAUUUAAAGAGCCUCAACACAUUGAAAGAGAACAGAUAAGAUGCGCUUAUAUUGGUUAACAACUAAAAAAGACAUUUCUGCGUUGCUGAUAUAAUUCGCUAAUACUUCAUUCAAAAUAAACUAUUUAUUGCGGCUAUUUGUAUUCUAUUUUUGAUUGAUUUGCUUGAAAAGAUGUAAAUAGAUUUAAACAUAUUUAAAACUAAUAAGAACUUUUUCAGUAUAAAUGUGAAAUUCGAGCUACAAAAAGAAACUGUGUUGAGGAUCGAAGUCGAUAUGUUUGUUUAUAAAUAUUCAUAAUUUACAUUUAGGUGGCAAGUAUAUAAUAUAUCACUUUUUAAAAAUGGAUGGUGUUUGUAGAAACAGCUUCGGAUUAUUGAAUGUUUCUAUGUUUCAUGCAUAUACAUGCUCUCUGUGUUUUACAUAUCUAUUUCCAAGAGCAAACAUUCAUGCUGAACGGAAUAACUCAAAGGAAAGUUCAAUAGAUACGAAGAGCCCUGAGUAUAUUUGCGACAGCCUUGGAGAACAUGAUUGCAGCAGAUGGAAGGAGUGUUGUAAAGCAGCUGAACAAUGUUGCCAACACCAACUCAAAACAGCCGUUUCCUCUCCGGAAAGUAACCUUUGCCCUCGUACAUGGGACGGUCUACGUUGCUUUGAUGAUACUGCUGCAGGAGACACUGUUAUGCUUUCUUGCCCGCACUACAUAAAAUAUGGAAAUAUGCAAGGUAAUGUUGAAAAAUACUGUACAGAGAACGGGACCUGGGCAUUACAUCCAGUUACUGGUAAAGAAUGGACCAAUUACUCGGGUUGUGUGGAUAUACAGAGUAUGAGCGGCGGUGCUUAUGCAGAGGUGUCAGCAAACACUUUCAGUCUUCUUCUGUUAGUUCCAGCUGUUGCAAUAUUUCUUGCGUUCAGGCAACUGCGAGGUCAGCAGCGUAUACAAUUACAUGUAUGUCUAUUCCUCUCCUUCAUCUUGACGUCAAUCCUUAAUUUGAUAUGGGAGGUCGUGGUGCACAGAGAUCGGAUACAGAACCGAUCAGAAGAGUCGUUUAUGUUUAGACAACAGAAUUCGUGUAAGUUGAUUAACAUACUUGGCCGAUAUGCAAGAGCAACGACAUUCUUCUGGAUGUUUUGUGAAGGACUAUUCUUACAUCGUCUUCUUGUUCAUGCAUUUCGUAAUCCAAGAAACAUUCGACCCUAUCUUCUUAUUGGAUGGAUAGGACCAUCAGUACCUAUUUUUAUCUAUUCCAUGAUGAGAUGGAAGUUUGCAAACGACCUGUGUUGGGUUCAAAAUGCAGGCGGAUUUGAAUGGAUUCUAUACACGCCAAAUUUGCUAAGCAUAGUGAUCAAUUUGAUAUUCUUGAUGGGAAUUCUGCGAAUACUUCUUACACAACUUCACCAACAUCCGAAUGAACCUAGUAACUACAGGAGGGCGAUAAAGGCAACAUUUAUGCUCGUUCCACUUUUUGGUUUGCAAUUGUUUCUUGUUAUAUAUCGACCAGGAAGCUCACAGUGGUUAAACAUUUAUGAAAUAGCUUCCAAAAUCAUCAUUGGAUCACAGGGAGGCGUUAUUGCUCUUGUCAUAUGCUAUUUCAAUGGUGAGGUGAUAGCCUGUCUAAAAAAUACGCUUCGGAAAUUAGAAAUUUUUAAAUCAAAAAGACACUCUCUCGUUACAAACUACACUGUCGUGUCCCAAAGGUUCAGAGAUAAUGACACAGUUGUGAGAGAAAAGACUGAAAUGUGUGAAAUGGAAAAUAUAAUGCUAACAGAAACUAAAAAUAAUGUAAAUGGAAAUAUUUGACGUUUUCGUUUUCCAUAUACAUGACAUUGUAUCAAUCAGUAUCAUAUAUAGAUGGUUUAAAGAAAAAGUUAAUAUCGAUGCUUAAGACAGUGUUGCAAAAUUCUGACCGUUUGUCAUAAGGAGAAAAGAAAAUAAUGGACAAUUAAGUGAUUUGCAGUAUGAGUUUUGACAAAGUCUAAAGUGUACACAAUGGUGGAUAUCUUAAUCAAAAUGAAACUUAUAGAAACAGUCAAUCUUAAUGUACAUAUUUGUAUGUAUAAUGUGCAUGUGUGCGUUUGUGUGUGUUUGCAUGUACGAAGCAUGGGACUAAAAUGAUUGAUAUACGUUGUCACAUAUUAAAUUAGUCUGAAACUUGUUUUAAUAAUUGUAAAAUAAGUUUUGUAAUGUACGAGUAUAUGAA